UUUUCUCUGCAAUUCUCCUCCUCCAUGAUUCUCUCUCUCUCUCUCUCUCUCUCUCUAAAAGGAAGUUUCAUUUACAGCGACAAACCCAGCAACAGUUUCCAUCUCUCUUCUCUCUCUCUCUCUCUCUCUCUCUCUCUCCAUGUCUUUCUCUGUUUCUUUACCUCCACAAACACCAAAAUCUCUUCCGGAUCCUCCUCCUCCUUCUCCUGCUUCUUCUUCGUGGCUUCGGUCGUACAUGAAGCUCCGACUAUUCGCUCGCCUGAGGCGGUUCUUGCGCGCCAAAACAGCCGGGAAGUCGCGGAAGCAACCCGGCCUCGUCGGCGUCUCGGCGAGUCGUCGUGGUAUCAAUAGCCAAGACGACGUUGACCGCGGAGGAGGGGACUCCACGAUGGAAGACGGUUCGGUCGCGCUGCAGAGAGCGGUGAAGAGAGUCCACUUUGGGAGCGCGGAGGAGCGACAGGCCGCGGCGGCGGAGAUCGUGAGGUUGGCGAGAGAGGACGCGAGGGCGAAGAAGCUGAUGGCCGAGCUCGGGGUCGUACAGGCUCUGGUGGCCAUGGUUGGAGUAAACGGAGAUGGUGCGCGACGUGGAGCGAUUAGAGCUCUGAUCGAGCUUGCCAAUGGAAAUCACACGAACAAGGCUCUCAUGGUGGAAGCAGGAAUCUUUCUGACACUGCCAAGCAACAAAGACAUAGUGGAUGAACAGACAAGACAUGAAUUCUCAGAACUGCUCUUGUCGCUAUCCUCCCUGAAGAACACCCACUUGCCUCCUCUAGAGUCGUCCCAGAUAUUACCCUUCACGCUGUCCACUCUCGAAUCAUCCGGUUCAGGGCAUGAGACCAAGGAGUCGUGCUUGGGGGCCCUGCACAACCUAUCCACAGUCCUAGAGAACGCUUCGAAGCUGGCCUCGAACGGCGUGGCGGAACCGCUCCUGAGGCUGCCGUCGGCAUCGAAGGGCCUGGCGGAGAAGGCCCUGGCCACGCUAGCGAACCUCGUGGUCACUUCCCCGGGGAGAAGGGCCCUGGAAGAUAGCCCGGUGGUGCCGGAUAACCUGAUCGAGGUCCUCACGUGGGAAGAUCGACCCAAGUGCCAAGAGAUCUCGGCCCACAUCUUGAUGAUCUUGGCUUAUCAGAGCGCCACUCAGAGAUCGAAGAUGGCGAAAUCGGGGAUCGUCCAGGUUCUUCUCGAGGUGGCCCUGCUAGGGAGCACGUUGGCCCAGAAGAGGGCCCUGAAGAUGCUCCAGUGGUUCAAGGACGAGCGGCAAACGAAGAUGGGCCCGCACUCAGGGCCACAGAUGGGGAGGGUCCCGAUGGGCUCGCCGGUGCAUUACCGGGAGGCCCAAGAAGGGAAGAAGAUGAUGCAGAGGCUUGUGAGGGAGAGCCUUCACAAGAACAUGGAGGUGAUCACUAGAAGAGCCAGUGCUGCUCCUAGUUCUUCUUCAGGGCUUAAAACCUUGGUCAUCAGCACAAGCUCUAAAAGCUUGCCCUAUUGAUGUGCAUUGCCCAGCGAAAAAUGUACAUCGUGAACGGAAAUGGAUGUCAUAUGUUCGAAAUUCAUGAUUUUGUUUUGUAGGGUGACUUUUAUUUUCCUUUCUAGAUUUUUCGCGAAAAUUAAUAUCUUG